UCUAGUUAUAGAGAAAGUAGGAGUAGAUACUGUUCUUGCCAGUCAUUUCAGCCACAGCCAAUGGUGGAGCCAUAGAUUGAAUGUAAAACAUUAUGAGCGUGCUAGUACUGGCACCCGUUUUGUCCUGGCUUGCGGAAUGGGCGUGCGGUGGUGAGUUCUUCAGGCUGGAGGAACUUAGCGGCUGCUUCUACAAGAAAAGCCAGUAGCUGACAUCGGAAGGAUUGGCUGGACUGGAUUGGAGCAAACAGACUUCAGGAGUGGAGGGAGUGUGAUAGUGCCGCUCAGGUGCUUUUGUUUCAGAUCAGAGUCUCUGUUCCAAACAGCAACCAAACCAUAAGACUUGAUUGAAUUCAAAAACCCGGGAAAAGUGAAAGUGACCUUCGUCAAAAUUUAGAGCCUGGCGUCUUGAUUCCAGAGGAGUUCCAUCAUUUGCCCUUCAGCUCAUCUGUGAUCUCCUUUGUGAGUGGUGAAUUUUGGAAACAAACUGAAGCUGCAAGAUUGUCUGCAUUUCUAAGAUUCGUACAUUUGUAAAGAAAGCAUGAGCUCCAUAAUGGUACAUGGUUAUGCCCAGAUAUGGAACAAGAGGACAGGGAUGUCCGAGCCACAAGGAGUAUUCAUUGAAGCAGUGAAAGGAAGGAAGAACUUUAAACUCCUGAUCUACCUGAGGACUGGAAGAGUUAAAACUUUAAAGCUAAAUAAUAAUAUUAAAAGUGUGAUCCUUCAAUCCUAUGGAGCAAACCUCAGUAGCCUACAUGUGACUUUCCAAAAUGAUGGCUUCUUGUUUGUUGAAAAAUUAUCCUCCACAGAAGCUAAACAACUGAAGGCAUUCUUGGACAGCGUCCAUCAGAACUGCCCUGAACCACACAUGAGCCCUGAUAAGGGAGAGGGGCCGUCUACCUGCACAGGAACACAGACCAGGAAAACUUCAUUGCCCAAAGUUCGUGAGGAAUCAGGCGAGGGGUGCUCAGGGACAGACAAAAACCGCAAAAGAUCUGCUCAUAGGAAGAAACCUUUGGCUACAUCCAAAUCAUCAACACUUACUAAUGAAGAGUUAGAAAAUCAACAAAGGAAGAAGAAAAGAAUGUUACCCUCGGAUUCAGAGGUGAAUGAAAAUGAGAAAUCCCCGAUAAAAAAGAACAUCGUAAGAGAGAAAUCCAAUGCAAAUCCCUUGAAGUAUAAAAGCUACACUUGGAAGAAACAAAUAAAGCCCAGAAAGUUUAAAAGCAACGAAAAAUUGGCAUCUUUAUUAAAGGCCAACUAUCUUGAAAAGCCUUCUGUAGAUGACACUGACCUCCAGUUUCUCACUAAGAGCACACUUCGACAGUUUCAGCUGGCACUAAAGUGUAGUGAGGGUGGCUCAAAGCUUGGGUUGCCCCGUAGAGUUUACCAACAGACAGUAUGGCAAGGUCUCCCCAAUUUGGGAAACACCUGUUACAUUAAUGCAGUUUUACAGUCCCUGUGUUCAAUUCCAUUGUUUGUUAAUGAUGUGCUCAAUCAGGGUUUCCCAUGGGGAAGAAUUUCCCAUGACAUUUUUUCCCUGUGCGUGGCACUACUGCUUACUAUGAAAGAUAUUUUUAACAUGAGGAUCAAGGAGAAGUUACUUGUGACUAUUAUAAAAGCCAUUUCAGUAGUUGCAGAGAUAUUCCCUAUGGACGCUCAGAAUGAUGCACAUGAAUUUUUAAGCUACUGCUUAGGUCAGAUGAAGGAGGCCUUACAGAAACCAAAUGUAGUUUUGGAUUCUGAAAAUGAAUUUCAGGAAGAAAAUUCACCUCAGCAGGUUUUUGCUGGUGAUUCUGCUGCCGGAGUGCCUGAUUGUCCUGUCAUGACUAAUUUCGAGUGUGAGUUGCUGCACUCUAUUUUUUGUAAAGCUUGUGGUCAGGCUAUUUACAAGACAGAACCGAGUAAUUAUCUCUCCAUCAACCUUCUGCAAGGAAUGAGAAGACGUCCUUUGUCUAUUCAGUCUACUUUUGAUCAUUUCUUUGCAACAGAAGAGCUCGAGUAUAAGUGUGAGAACUGCAAGCACAAGAGAUCUGUGGUAGUACACAAGUUCAGCAGGCUACCUAGGGUUCUUAUUAUUCACCUGAAACGCUAUUGCUUUAAUGAGUUUUUGUCACUAAGGAAGGAUGAUCAGGCAGUCACUGUUAACAAAUAUUUAGAUUUGUCUUCUCAUUGCAAGGAGGACACCAAGCCACCUGUUCCCCUUAGCAAGAAUGCACACAUUAGAGAUUUACAAUUACUAAAACUUUUUCAAAAGCUAAGUUUAACAGUAAUUUGCUCAUUAUCUUCAGUGAAGUCAAAGUCCAAGAAUUCUGUAGCAAAACGCGUUAAAGCAGGCAAGAAGCCUGAACCACAAAAAUCCCAACACUUCCUUAAAGGGAAAAGAAGAGCACAACAGCAGAAAGACCAGGGAAAACCUUGUAUGAGAGAGUCAGAAUCAACAUGCUUAGGAGAUGGGGCAUCAGUUGAAAAAAAGCAAUUAGCCAUCUCAGUGAUGAAUCUGGAAGAUACUUCCCUUCCACUGUCCUACAGAUAUGCAGAUAAACCCGCUAGAAGACCAGACACAGAAGCUCAAUUUCCAGGAGUGCCUGAACAUCCAAAACUAAAGAAGUCUAAGAAAAGCAAUAGAUUUGCAGAAUCAGAUUUUGAUAGUGUCAGUCAGACCACUGAAGACUUUUCCAAAAAUAAGAAAGCCAGAGUUUCAGAAAGAUCCCAGACAGUGGCUGAACCAAUUGAUCACCCUGAUGGGAUGGAAAUCCAUAAAGGAGACCUGCAACAGAUACUUCCUGAAGGCUUUCCAAUGCCAGAUGCCCAGGAGCACAGAAUGAACCUUAGAGGAUGUAAAGAAUUAAAUCCACAGAAGGCUAACCCUGGAAACAAAGAUAUUUUAGUUAAGAAGACAGAAUCAAGAACCCAGAAACCAGGAAAAAAGGCUGAUGGGAAAGGUCCUCAUACUUAUAGGCUCAUUGGUAUUAUAAGUCAUCUUGGAAAUAGCCAUAAUUCAGGACAUUAUAUCAGUGAUGUCUACGACUUUAAGAAGCAGGUCUGGUUCACUUACAAUGAUCUACUGGUAUCACGUAUCUCAGAGUCCCUGGUGCAGAAGGCCAGGCUUUGUACAGGGUACAUCUUCUUUUACAUGCAUAAUGAGAUCUUUGAAGAGCUGCUGCUAAGGAUAAAGACCUCCCAGUCUCAGUUUAAGUGUGAGCCUAAGUCUCGCAGCACCAAGGCAAGGAAGCGCUCUUAGGAGGAACAGACACCUCCAUGCUCAGAUCUCUCUCAUUGUCUCACUCACUACCACUUCCUCCUUGGAAAGAGAACUCCAAACUCUUUCUGGAGAUAAAGAGAUUAGUCUAAGACCAAAGUUCAAACAAAGGCUCUUGGGGGAAAAAAAUCACCUUUCUAACCCUGACACCCAUCUCAAUCCCACAGCACUGGCUGAUGAACAUUCUUCUCUCCCUCAAGGCAGAUGUGCUUUUCAUGUUCCAGGGCAGUGCUUUGAAAAGUGUGCCCUUCCGCAUCAGCAUCAGAAGCAAAGGAGACCUAAUUAGAAACGCAGCACUUUGAGUUCCACUGCAGACCUACUGAUCCAGAAACUCAAGGCAGAGAGCUGCAAGAGCAGCAAUCUGAUAGAGAUUCUGGUGCUUGUUAAAGUGUAAGGACUACUAUAGUUUGUAGAGCUUCUUGAUGUAUUUUAGUGUUACACAUUUGAGUUUCUUGUUUUAUAAAAGGUUUUGACUGCAUUUUUGGUUUCAUUUUCAGAUAUACCUUUUUUUGUGAACUUACUAAAAGAAAGCCUAGAAAAGUCAUACUCGUGGUGAUCAUACCCAGUACUUUGGUAGAAAAAUAGUUACUGGGAUCCUGGCGGAAAAAAAAAAUCAUUAAAGGAGGCUGAUAACUUCUGAAUCUUCCUGUUACUUAAAUGAUACUGAACACCACGUCUAGUCUUCAUAUUGCCUGGUGAACCUCUCUCUUCUCUUCCUCAGUGUGCAAACAGAGGUAUCUGCCACAGACUUGGAUCAUAAAGGAGGAGAAGUUGGUUUGCCUCAUUUUCCUGUGUGUGCUAGCAAGCUGUUGGCCCUCUGUGAUAGGAGCCCAUUUCGCCAUUUUGGUCUACUCGGAGGGAUGCUUGCAUUGCCUAGAAGUAACUUUGUUUACCUGGACUUACCUAUAAAACCUUGAACAAUCUUCUCCAUUCAAUGUUAGAAGACUAAUUUCAGAUUUCUUUUACACCUUUGUGUCUUAUAGUAUGUUAGCUUUGUUCUUUCAGUAAAUAAACACUGUGCUUAAAAGUGGACUUUUAGGAUUUAAAAGUUUUACCUGUUACUGUUUUGAUACCACAUGACAAACUCUGUAUGAAAAUGACCUGUUUGUGAGGAAAGCCACAUGAUUUUCAUGGUGGUUAUAUUCUGUAAGCACUCCAUGUAAUCCAGAGGUUUAAUAGUUCUGAUACCAACCAUAUGCUAUUUCUGUAAUGCUUUUUCUUGCCUUUGAGGCAGUGAGUCUGUAGUGCCUUGUAUCUUUGUUGGGAACAAAUGACUUGUACUGUAUCCUUCUUAAAUUACACAGAGGGAUUGGUUUUUUUUGUUUUGUUUUGUUUUUUGUUUUUUUUUCCGUACCGGGGAUCGAACUCAGGUCCUUGCACUUGCACAGCAGGCGGCAAAACCACUGAGCUAAAUCCCCAGCCCAAGGGAUUGGUUUUUAAUCCCACCUUUACCAACAUGAGUUUCCCCCUGGAUAUGGUGUGUGUUAUUAGUACAGCUACAUUAAUCCAAGAAUUUAUUAACUAUGUUCUUGAUGUUUGUUUUUUUUUUUGGUACCGGGGAUCAGAUUGAACUUAGGACCUUGCACUUUUGAGGCAGGCAGUAGAACCACUGAGCUAAAUCCCCGGCCGUAUUGAUGAUGUUCUUAACCCUAGGGAUCUUUAAAGAGGUGAAUUAGAAUUUAGUAGUGUAGGAAAGUUAGAUAAUGCUCUCUAAAGUAAGAAAAAAAAACAUUAUAAAGAUUGAGGAUUCUAUUGUUCAGAAUACAGUGUAUGUUAGAAGGAGGUCUGAAUGGGACCUAAAAAUUGGUGAAGCAUAUAGGUGGGAGUCUUCUAGUUGACUUAGUCUCCUAGAAGUUGUUCUAGACACAGCUUUUCCAGAGAUGCUUCCACUUCUGAAGGACUUUAGCAGCUGGAGAGUAACAAUUUGGCUUUUGAAUUCCAAGCUUUUGACUUCUUUAGGACAGUUAAUUCUGAGCUCAGUUACAUAGGCCUUAGAAUAGGAGUUUUAGUAAAAGCUUUUUCGAAAGAAAUUCAAAGAUAGAAUUGUCUGAAGUUCAGAGUUUUUUUUUUCUUUUUCUUUUUCUUUUUUUUGGGGGUGGGGUGGGUAUGAAGUUUGCAUCCUAGACAUGUUCUUACCCUUGUAGCACUUCCAAAUGCAGAGAGCAUUGAAAAGUGAAGAAGAUUGUAUGGAUAUCCAUGACAAAGGAUCUUGGUUGGAAUCCAUCAUUUCCCUGUGAAAAGAAAUUCUGAGUAAACAUGAAUGGAUGUAUACUACCUAUAUGUUAACAUUGUUACUUUAAAUAAA